CAUUACCCCGGCAGGCGCAGCAUCCGCGACCCUUUCCGGGAGCCCGGCUUGACCUCGCGCCUGCUGGACGAUGAUUUCGGCAUGUCACCCUUCCCCGGGGACCUGACGGCGGACUGGCCCGACUGGGGUCGGGCCCGGCGCACCAACUUUUUGGGCCCCCUGCCCCCUGGCAGGCCCCGUCCCUCCGCCAUGGCCCCCGGCUACGGCGCCCGCUUCGGGGGGUACCCCGAGAGCCGCAGCCCCGUGCCCUUUCCCCGCGAGCCCUGGAAGGUGUGCGUCAACGUGCACAGCUUCAAACCCGAGGAGCUGACGGUCAAAACCAAGGACGGCUACGUCGAGGUGUCAGGUGAGAGCGAAGGCACUGGGGAGGAGGAGGAUGGGGCGUGA